GCGACGUGUCCGAGGCGAAGACUGUACGUACAGUGCGGUCGCUAUGAAGUUGUGAGUGAAUGUUUCUUGGCUCGGAGCGACUUUAGAGAAAGUUGCGAGGAGGCGGGGAGGGAGACUUAGCAGGUUCUACGUUUCAAAGAAAAUAAAGUGACGUUGAAGAUGGGGUCAAGUUCGGACGAGUGGAGUCUGCGGCCGCGUUCAAGGGCCUUCGUGCGUCAAGAGGGCGAGAUGAAGGACCCCACGGGGACGCGCGAGUCGAGGCCCGGCAGCAGGGAGGGGGUGACCCCCGCGUGGAGCACCGAGGCCACGCUGCAGCUACCCUCGUCGGUCUGGGUCGCUCAGCACGGCCUCAAGAGGCAGAGGCUGUCACUCCGGCACGUGCUGGCCAGGAUCGGAUUCAGACAGCGCGAGGACUUUGAGCCGUCCCUGGGCCGGUUGGUGAGCUCCCGGUAUGGCGAGGGUCGCUUUCUGGAGUACUGCCGGCGAGAUGGGACUCUCUAUCGGCUGACGGCAAGUCGCGCGGAGCUGGAGAGCCUGGCCGAGGCGGUGUGGCGCUGCGAGCAGCUCUAUCGCGAGCGUCUGCUGUGGCUCGGCUCAGGCUCGCGCCGGGCAUUCGGCGUCUUUCACGAGCGUAGCAUCGCGCUGGUGCUGUAUGACGGCGGCGGCGGUAUCGACGUUGGUGGCACCGGAGAUGCUGAGGGGGGCGCACACGAGGGACGAUUCCGGGCCCUGCGCCAGGCGCUCGUUCUGCUGGUUCAAGAACAGCUGGCGCAGAUGGAGCGGUUUAACGUGAUCCGCGCGGGUGACACUCUGGAGGCGUGGCAGGAGCGUGCCGUGCCGGUGACGCCGCGGUCGCUGCUCUCCGCCUCGUCGUGGCUCCGCUCGCUGGAGCCGCAGGCUGCGCCCUGCGGCGGCACGGCCUGCGCGGAGGCGCUGACGCACGCGCUGGGGGACCCCACGGUGGAGGCGGUGUGCCUGGUGGUGGCCGGGCCCGUGGAGGGCGUGUUCCGUGAGCUGCUGAGGAAGGCGGUGCACACGGCCGGGCGUCCCGUGCACGUCGCGUGCGUUGACGCUGCCGCCCCGUCGGCCUCGCGCGACUUCUUGCGGGAGAUCGCGGACCUCACGGGGGGCAGGUUCCACACGUGCGUGCUGACGUCUUGCGCCCAGUCCGUGUCCCUCGCCCGCGACACCGCCGUUUCAGCCUCCCAGCCGCGUUCUUCCCAGCAGUGCGUGGGCGUUCAGCAGGAUGUGUGGGAGGUUUGGAAGGAGAAGGAGGAGGCAUCGCAAAUCCUCGGGGAGAUCCGCCUCAUCCUACGGGAGAUCUCCGCUCCCUCCGCCACCUCUGGUCCAUCCACUACCUCCGCGGCUUCCCCACAACGUCCAAGCCGGAGCGCGUGCCAGAAGUCGUGGCCGUGCGUCCCCUACAAUCGGUGCGACGCUGCCGCCGCCGCCACCACCACCACCUCUGCCGUCACCACCUAUGCCACCGCCGCCGCCGCGGAUGAUGGCGAUUCAUGGAGCGAGGACUGCGCGAGCGUGCGGAGCGACGAGGCCGAGCAGAGCUCGCGCGCGUGGCUCGCUCGCUACGGGCUGGAGGCGCGCGGCCUCGCGCUGCACACGGCACUGGGACGCUGCGCGUUCCGCCACGCCGACGGCGUCGUGGACUCGGCACACGGCGACUGCGGACGGCGGCGGCGCGUGCUCGUGAACGCGCGCUACUGCUCGUGCUUCGUGCACACGCUGUGGGCCGACGGGGCCCUGGUGCACGUCUACGUGCCCGAGCGCGUCUACCGAGACUACGCCGUGCGCCUCACCGCCGCCCUGCGCCUCAUCCAGAGCAGGCUGGAGUGGCUGCAGAGAGGCAGCCGAGUUCUGUUUGGCUCGAUCGUGGAGGACCGUGUGUACGUCCUGAUCGACACCUCCCUCUCGAUGGAGGACAAACUGGACCUGCUCAAAGAAAAGCUCUAUCUCCUCAUCGACCGGUUUUUUGAGUAA